AUGUUAAGUCUGUACAGCAGUGCUAACGGAACGUCCGUUCUGACACCAGAAAAGGGAGAACUUUCUUGUGGUGGCUUUUUGGUGGCGCAUUUCCUCCACUCGGUGAGCCGGUCGCACGCGCGUUCCCACCUCUCCUUCAUGCCAAGGGCUCUUUGCCGUUUUCCUGCGUCCGGCGGCGCUAAUCAACAUUCUUCGUCUGCCGCCGCCUCUUCCUCCUCCGAAGAGCCGUCGGUAGACACCUUCAAGGCUCCUGUGGCCCCCAAAUCAAAUGACGAUUUCCGGAAAAUGUUUCUGAAGCAGUAG